AUGGUCGAUCUUCUUUCAAAUUCUGUUUUUACAAGUGUCUUACUUGUCACAGGUGGUUGUACUAUUGCACUACAGGCAGGAUGUAAUGGAACAUUGAAUCGAUAUAUCGGCAGAUCUGCGUCUUCUGUCUGGUCUUUUACAACAGGUGUAUUGGGGUGUCUUGUAUUUUUUGCCAUUGAUGUUACUCGGCUUGGGACUCCUUUACCUUCCGAGAGUCUCAGAGGUGCACCUGGCUAUGCUUGGAUUGGUGGAAUUCUAGGUGCCUAUUACGUGAUUACCAAUAUAUUGACUGUACGACGACUUGGUGCUGCCACAACAUUAAGUAUUUUUGUCUGCUCUCUGGUUAUCAUGGCAUGUAUAAUAGAUAACUGGGGACUCUUGGGUGUAGAAGUAAGAAAGUAUUCCAUUGCUCGAAUAUUUGCUUCACUUGGUUUGGUAUUAUUUGUAGCGAUAAUUACUCGCUUUUGA